AUGGUCCUGGAGAAGAAUGCACGCGCUUACGCGACGGGACCGACUGUUACAUAUACGAAUAUCGAGUCGGCGCCGUCUCUGAGUGCGGCGCACCAGCGUCACUAUUGUGAUUUGACGGGAUUGCCGGGUCCGUAUACGGAUCCGAAGACUAGGUUGCGGUAUCAUAAUAGGGAGCUUUUUGGCGUUAUUCGGUCGCUCGCGCAGGGGGUUCCGGAGAGUUAUCUUGAGGCUAGGGGGGCUCAUACGGUGUUGAAAUAG